AUGUGGGAAAAGGUGACAAGCGUGAGCAAAAUGUUGCUAAGUCUCAUCUGCUUCUUCCUCUGCACUCUGAUUGCACCAAAUCUCACAGGAAACUUGGGUGAAGAUGCUUCGUUGCCAGUACCUCAGAAUGUCUCUAUUCUUUCUACCAACAUGAAACACUUCUUAACUUGGAGUCCUGUGAUCAUCCAGGGAGAAACUGUGAGAUACUCUGUUGAGUUUCAGGGGGAGUAUGAACGAGAGUACGCCAACGAGAGCUGGAUUCCCAUCUGUGAAUGCUCACUCAUCACAGCCUCAGUGUGUAACAUCACAGAGGAUAUCUCAGCCACUGUGGCCUAUAACCUCCGUGUAAGGGCAGACACUGGUGCGAGAAGGUCAGAGUGGGGCACCCUGAAAGGUUUCUUCAAUCGCAUCACAACUUCCCUGACCCCACCUCUGAUGAAGGUCAUAGCAGAUGGGUGUCAUUUACUAGUGGAGCUGGAAGACAUGGGGCCUGCCUUUCAGUUCUGUGUUCUCUAUUGGAAGAAGGGCCAGGAGAUUAGGAUGCAGCAGAAGGUGGUGAAAGAGGUCAGCUCUGUGGUUCACCUGGACACCAUGGAGGCAGGACAUGAUUAUUGUGUAAAAGCUCAGACAUACGUCGAGGCGAUCAACAGAAGCAGCAGCUUCAGCCAGGAGCAGUGUGUGAGAGCACAAGGUGGCACAUCCAAAUGGCUGGUUGCUGCCCUCGUCUCCGCUGGCUUUGCUGUGGCUGCUGUGACCUUGCCUCUCCUUACCUGGAAAACAAGUAAAAUCUUUCAGUAUUCCUGCUGCCCCGUUGCUGUGCUGCCAGACACACUGAAAGUAUCAGAGCCCCCCAUGCAGCUGAUACUGUGGGACAGUGAAGAAACUGAGCAGUGUGAUCUGAUGGUGCACGUGAUGCCCUCAGAAGAAGUUCUCCGGCUGUGGAUUCAAGAAACGCUUUAG